AGUGAUACAUUUACGAGGGGUAAACACAACCGUCUCCGUCGCAGCUCUUUAAUUUCCUCGCCUCUCUCGUGUGAUUUACGCAGCAGCAGCUUUAUCUCGGCGAUUAGGUCCCGGAGAAGAAGAAGAAGAGAGAAACAGUUAUGGAGAAAUCUCGGGAAAGUGGUUUCUUGUUCUGUAACUUGUGUGGGACAAUGCUCAUCUUGAAAUCAGCUACGUCUGCAGAAUGUCCACUAUGCCAAACAACACGAAAUGCAAAAGAAAUCAUUGGCAAGGAAAUAGCUUACACAGUUUCUGCUGAGGACAUCAGAAGAGAACUAGGAAUAUCUCUGUUUGGUGAAAAAACGCAGGAAGACGCUGAGCUACCAAAGAUCAAAAAAGCGUGUGAGAAAUGUCAGCACCCUGAGCUUGUCUACACAACCAGACAGACAAGAUCAGCAGACGAAGGGCAGACAACAUAUUAUACUUGCCCCAAUUGUAGCCAUAGAUUCACAGAAGGUUGAAACUACUAUUAUCUCCAGUAUGCGACUCCAUUCACAGAGAAUGCCAGUUUUGUUUCUUACAUCUAUUUAACAAACUCAAUAUUCAAUGUCAUCAUUUUUAUUUUUUUGGUCAAAAUAUUCAG